CGGGGCUGCAGUCACAAUACCCCGAAAGAGGUCCUUACUCCCUUUCAGGGCUGCAGGUCACAAUACCCUGAAAAGGUCCCUACUCCCCCUCAGGGCUGCAGGUCACAAUACCCUGAAAAGGUCCCUACUCCCCCUCAGGGCUGCAGGUCACAAUACCCUGAAAGAGGUUCCUAGUCCUAUGGCUAAGGGAGUUUAGACUCAUGGUUACCAUGGUAACCCAUCAAUUCUGUGAGUCUAUGGGGCCAAGAGUGCCUGUAAGGGAGCACUUCAUCCCAACCCAAAGUUUAUUUCUGUAUUUUAAUUAGACAGAUCAAAAUUGUAGACUAACUCAUUACUACAAUUAUGUAGUCCUUGGGAUUAGACAAGGCUAAACAGUUCAUUCAGUGUCUUUGAUGCAUGUAAACUGCAUAAAAUUAAUACCAACAGCACUGGUUGCUAACAGUAACAAAAAAUAGCUCAUAACUGUAACGUGUUGUAGAAAGAGAUAUCAAUACAUAUUGCUGUGAAUCUGAAAAUUAGAAACAUGAACAGUGGCUGUACAUAGGAAAGCUAGUCAAUGAUCCCUAACAUGGGGGCCAAAGGCCCAGCUUAACAGCUUAAGUAAGAUAUAUUACAACUAUUCGCAAAUUCAUAAGCAUUGUGUAAUACUAGUGUUAAUUUGGGUGUGACAUGCUUAAACCAUAGGGUGGGAGGGAGGGAAAAACACAUUGUAGAACAAGACAAAUACAGUUGCUAGCUCGCAGCGAAUGAAUGAAUGAACACACAACUCGUGCUCGAUGUCUGAGGAUUGAUUGACAGUGAAAUACCAGCCGAUUCUGAUUGGCUCAGCGAACAGUUUGCGUUACAAAUGCAUGUGAUCACGCUAAACUUUGGACUGUGAAACCCUACCCCAUACCUUAAAGCAUGUCACACAACCGGCACGUAAUCUCUCAUGGUUGUCCCAUUAACUUAAAUUUAUGAGGACAUAAAUUGGUCUUUAAUGCUCCCAACCCAUGAGAAAUAAGAACACAACAACAAUAUGUGGGGUAAGGGGUUGGGAAUGAAGUACUCAAUAGCAGGCCGGUGGAACUAAAUGCCAUCAAUAGAUAAAUCACUAAUCUGGCUUGGUAAGGGGGUCAAAGCCCCUCCUCUCCGGGGAUGCAGGUCACAAACCCCUGGGAGAGGUUCCUAAUCCUCUUCGGGGCUGCAGUCACAAUACCCCGAAAGAGGUCCUUACUCCCUUUCAGGGCUGCAGGUCACAAUACCCUGAAAAGGUCCCUA